GGAACCCGUUGAGGGAAGAGGAAGGAUGGGAUGAUAUUGCAGAAGGGAAAGUGGAGUCCGUUGGGACGGUCGUCUUGUCAGAGCAAGGAUGCACCUAUUCUGCACCACGCUUGCGGCAGGGCAGAACCCGAUGUGGCUUUUGGGGGAUGCCGAGGUAAGGACUCGAAAGGCGGGUGAAAGGUUCGCCAACAAGGGAUGGGAUGAGGUAAAGGGAAUGGCAACAGAAGAAGAGAUCAAUGACCAGCAGAGCAGGGGGAGCCAGGGUACAAAUGGGGGCGAGGAACGAAACGAGGGAUCAGUGAAGGAUCGGGAGUCAGCCAAGCUGGAAGGAACCCGAGAAGAUAGGAAGGACCAUUCAACAGGAGAAAGCUCCGGGAAAGCUGGGGGUAGCAAAAGGGGACCUCAAGAAAACAGGGAAGGGGGAAACGAUGCGAAAACAAGCCCUCGGAACUCGGCGGGAACCACCCCCAAAAAGACAAAAGUCUUGGAUACCCGUCGUAAACUCGCAGAGAUAGAAAAGCGGACUGCAGAAUUUAAGGCAAGGCUCAUUGAGCUGAUGAUGGUCGGGGAUGAGGAGGAUCCACAGGGCACAGGAUCACGUGAGGAACGCGGGACCGGUCAGGGCGAAGCCAGGCAUGAAGGAAAAUAUAAUAUUCACAAGGGAACGCCUAGCAAGAAAGGGAAGAACAAGGACGAUCCCCCGACAGAAGGAACAAAAAAUGCUAUGACCCCGCCUGCCAUCGACAGCACCACACCGAAAGUAACAGGGGCAUGUGAUGGACUCUGGAGUCUUAGGGAAAGGGUGCUAGGAUGGUUCGACCCAGAAGGAACGCCGAAAACCGGGGAGAAGCAGAGGGAAAGCAAGGAAGGGGAAGGGACCAGCGCAGCAGGGGAAGGUGGCCUCAAGAGGAUAGUCACCACCCUCACCCGGGCACUAAAUAAAAACCAGGGGUAUCUCGCAGACGCAAAGAAGAAACUCACGUUCGACGAGGCAAACAUUACGGAGUUUCUGAUAGAUUAUGAGAACCUGGCAGCCCUACUGAAAUGGACGGAAGAGGAAAAGAUGGAUCACCUAGGGAAGCACGUGUCGCUGAGCUUAGGGAGGGAUAUUAUGGCCAUUGUCGCGACUAGUGGAUCUUGGAAAGAGACACGGAAUGAGAUGAUGAGAAAGUACCUGAAGGUAGAUAAAAUGGCAACAGAAGCUGAACUAGCAGCAGUCCAGAGGAAAAACUAUGCGACUUACAACGAUUUCCUGAGGGCAUUUACGCUAGUGGCUCUGCGAAUCCCCGGGGUAACGGACCGUAUAAUGAGCAAGUACUUCCUCAGGCAGCUUUCCGAGUUUGAUAAAGAUAAGAUUCUGUCAGCAUAUCAGUUGACCAGCAAGUUCGAAUACACGAGGGAUGUGGAUUUCAGCACUGUAACAGACCUUGCGGAAAAGACAGUAGUGACCGAAACGCUAGCCAUGCUUAAGGAAAGGGAAGUCAUAGACCUGACGGUGAGAACAGGAGAUAAGGUCAAGAAGGGCAUAAAAAGCUUGCACGAGAAGGGAGAGCGCAUAAAUUGGAACUCGCCAGGAGGGAUGCGGCGUGUCGUCAACCUCCUGAACAACUUGGAUAUAGCCGCCGUAGAAGCAGAGCCGGUAGCCGAUAUUGUCUGGGACCAACUAAGGGGGCGUGGGCCUCAGGUCAACUUCAUUUUAGAGGGCAAUGGGCAGGACAAGGUAAAUAUCACUACCCGACGGGCCAGUGCGGAAAAGAAGCUCAUCCGAGAAACGGUAAUGGAAGAAGUUUCGGGCAUUAGCACACAACAGGUAGAAGCCGAGUCCGGGGAGCAGGAGAAAGCCUACGGAAAGGUAAGGGAAGAAGAGCCAGUAGAUAAGGUCACGACAGCAAAGAAGAAGUUUAGAUACCAGAUCACGAUUCUGGCGGGAGCGGAAGUCGACAGUUCCUUGAGCGAGUUCCUAGGCACCAUGGUGUCGGUGUCCUUCCAAACCAUGUUGCAGGCAAGCCCGAGACUGCUUAAGGGUCUCAGGCACUUGUUGACGCGCAAACGCAUAGAAGUAGACGAGACUCUGGAACCCCAGGAACAGGAACCCGAGGAGGCCGAGGCGUUGCAAGGGGUCUCUAACCUCCAAAGCGUUCCUGAAGGUCUGAGCAUGCCGGACCGAGAAGGGGGUGAAGUCAUGAGAGCACCGCCUGGCACUAAACUUAGCUUCCAUGCGCCGCCUGUAGGAAAACUUAAAGUCCAGAUCAGAACUCAUCACACUGACGCACUAGUGGACGGCGGAGCAGAAAUCACCCUCAUACGACGGGACUUCGCAACUAUCACAGGAUGCACGGUAAACAAGGAAGUAGCAAGAAGUAUCAGGGGAGCCGGAGGAGAAAUUCCCUUCACAGGGUAUGUCACCAAACGUGCGGUUAGGGCAGGAAUCCGGGAAUCCAUCUGGUCUUUUCAACGGAUGACCGGCAUGGAAGAAAUGGACCAUGACAUAAUCCUUGGGAGACCAUGGUGCGCCAAUGUGGAGAUGAUUGGCAUGCACCUGCAUGACGGCACGUAUAUGGUAGAUAUAGAGGAUCCAGUGACUGGCCGUGGAGAGCUCCUCCGACUCCUCGGAACUGGAGGGGACCCUCCCAAGGGAUAUGACCAAUUGCCGCUCGAUGCGAGGGACAGACCUUAUACCGCAAUGCACACCCCUGUAAGACAGUUGCAGAUGCAGGUGACCCCUAUGGGCUUCACAAAUGCGGUAGCAGAAGCGCAGAGGAGAAUGCUUGCCAUCGCAGGGGACAUGUUUCCAGAAAAGUGCGAACCCUAUACAGAUGAUAACCCCGUAAAAGGUGCACGGUACAAAGACGAGGCAGAGGUCCAAUUGGGCGUACGGAAGUACAUCCUGGAUGCAAGGGAUAAUCUCAGUGGCUACGUAGAGGCCGUAGCUCUCAAAAGGAAGACAGGGAAAGGAGUGGCCGAUUGGGUAGAAGAUUUCUACCUAAGACACCCCUUUGUGCGCCGGUUCAUAACAGACAAUGGGACAGAGUUUGUCAACCAGGAAGUGCUGAGCAGGCUUAAGGCCUUGCACGUACCUAUCAAGAUCACGGAACCUUACCAUCCGGAGGCAAAUGCACCAGUAGAAAGGGGUCACGGGACACUGAAGAACACAAUCGCAAAGUUGGCAGCAGAUGACUUGGGAAAUUGGUCGCGAUAUCUUAGGCAAGCAGUCUUUUCUGAGAACGUGACACCAAAGAGAACGACGGGGUGUAUUCCGGCAGAACUCUGGUAUGGAAGGGAGAUUGAUUUUUCGGUAGAAGCCCUCGUCCCCACUUGGAACAGGCUAGAUGACCACCCGUACUUGACUACAGAAGAGUUAAUCACCGCACGUUGCCAGCAGGUCGCCAGAAAUGAGGAGGCACUGGAAGAAGUAGUUAACUGUGUGAUGGACACUCGAAUGAGGGACAAAGCAAGAUGGGACCAGGUGAAGAACAUUCGAAAGGAACCACUCCAGGUGGGUGAAAAGGUGCUAGUUAGGAACUCGGCACUGGAAAGCACAUGGUCUGGGCAGCUGGGAAGGAGAUUCAAAGGGCCUUACAGGAUCGCAAAAGCGGGUGGGAUUGAACACGUUUGAACUUGAGGAUCUUGAUGGUACUAGCAUAAGGGGACCAUUCCCGGGA